UUACACACCCUGCUUCUCCUCCCUCAGCUGCUUGGUUGAUGGACGCGAAUCUCGUCCAAUCAGAACAAUGCUCCUGCCGUCACCGUCCAAUGGGAGGCUGGGAAAGGCGGGAGAAGCCCCUGCGGCGGAUUUCCUGCUGUUCCCCUGCUUUCCCCUCAGCCUGUAGCUCUUCCAUUCCCUCGCUGUGUUCUGUCGGUAAUAAUAAGACGGGGCCGUGUCCCGGAGCGAAGCGGCCGGUGUCAUAGUGUGAAUUAGCCGCUGUCUGCGCCCCCGCCUGCCUCCCCCACAGUGCAGCAGCAGAAGCCCCCGCCCAGGUCUGCUCAGCUCGGCUGCUAGGAAAGAUGCCGGCCGUGUCAAAAGGGGAUGGGAUGCGGGGACUGGCCGUGUUCAUCUCGGACAUCAGGAACUGUAAGAGCAAAGAAGCAGAAAUUAAAAGAAUCAAUAAGGAGCUGGCCAAUAUACGGUCCAAAUUUAAGGGAGACAAAGCCCUGGAUGGCUACAGUAAGAAGAAAUAUGUGUGUAAGCUCCUCUUCAUCUUCCUGCUUGGACAUGACAUUGAUUUUGGGCACAUGGAAGCGGUAAACUUGUUGAGCUCAAAUAAGUACACAGAGAAGCAAAUAGGUUAUCUUUUUAUAUCUGUCCUGGUGAAUUCCAACAGUGAGCUUAUUCGUCUUAUUAACAAUGCCAUCAAGAAUGACCUGGCUAGCCGUAACCCCACCUUCAUGUGCCUGGCAUUGCAUUGCAUCGCUAACGUUGGCAGUAGAGAAAUGGCAGAAGCAUUUGCAUCAGAGAUCCCCAGGAUUCUUGUUGCCGGUGACACAAUGGAUAGCGUGAAGCAGAGUGCUGCCCUGUGCCUGUUAAGACUAUACAAGACCUCGCCUGAUCUUGUGCCAAUGGGUGAAUGGACGUCACGGGUGGUUCAUCUACUGAAUGAUCAGCACAUGGGAGUGGUGACUGCAGCUGUAAGCCUCAUUACCUGCCUCUGCAGGAAGAAUCCUGAUGACUUCAAGACCUGCGUCUCCUUGGCAGUCUCUAGGCUUAGUAGGAUUGUGUCUUCAGCCUCAACCGACCUGCAGGAUUACACAUAUUACUUCGUCCCAGCACCAUGGCUUUCUGUAAAGUUGCUGCGCCUUCUCCAGUGUUACCCUCCACCUGAGGAUGCAGCUGUAAAAGGACGACUUGUUGAAUGCCUGGAGACCAUCUUGAACAAAGCUCAGGAGCCCCCAAAGUCAAAGAAAGUGCAGCACUCCAAUGCAAAGAAUGCCAUACUUUUUGAGGCUAUUAGCCUUAUUAUACAUUAUGACAGCGAACCCAACCUUUUGGUUAGAGCCUGCAACCAGCUGGGUCAGUUCCUGCAACACAGAGAGACUAACCUGCGAUAUUUAGCUUUGGAAAGCAUGUGUACACUGGCCAGUUCUGAAUUCUCACAUGAAGCCGUGAAGACGCACAUAGAAACGGUCAUUAAUGCUCUAAAGACAGAGAGAGAUGUCAGUGUCCGGCAGCGAGCUGCAGAUCUCUUGUAUGCAAUGUGUGACCGUACAAUUGCUAAGCAGAUUGUGUCUGAAAUGCUGAGCUAUCUGGAAACAGCAGAUUAUUCUAUCCGGGAGGAAAUUGUGUGAAAAGUAGCCAUCUUAGCUGAGAAGUAUGCAGUGGAUUACAGCUGGUAUGUGGACACAAUUCUGAACCUGAUUCGUAUCGCUGGUGAUUAUGUCAUUGAGGAGGUUUGGUACCGUGUUAUCCAGAUUGUCAUAAAUCGGGAUGAUGUCCAAGGCUAUGCGGCCAAAACUGUAUUCGAACUCUACAGGCUCUGCGUGUCAUGAGAAACAUGGUUUAAAGUUGGGGGUUACAUCUUGGGAGAAUUUGGUAACCUUAUUGCUGGAGACCUAGGUCAAGGUAUAGUGCCAUCAGAUAUGUACCUUCUAUCUUUUUCUGAAAUAUUAAAGUCAAAUGAGCCCUCUGGUGCAGUUCAACUCCUGCACUCUAAAUUCCAUCUGUGCAGCGUAUCGACCCGCGCCCUUCUACUGUCCACCUAUAUAAAGUUCAUCAACCUCUUCCCUGAAACAAAACCCACUAUCCAAGACGUUCUGCGCUCCGAUAGUCAAAUUAGAAAUGCAGACGUGGAGCUCCAGCAGAGGGCAGUAGAGUACCUUAAGCUCAGCUCUAUUGCAAGCACAGACGUCCUGGCUACAGUGCUGGAAGAGAUGCCCCCUUUCCCUGAAAGGGAGUCUUAUCUGGCCAAGCUUAAGAAGAAGAAGGGACCUGGUGCUGUCAACGAGUUAGAAGAAGGGAAGAAGGACAGAAACGCUGAAAUUAAUGGUGGAGUGGAAGCCACACCAAGUACUGCAUCUACUCCUUCACCAUCUGCUGAUCUCCUGAAUUUAAGGAGUGCCCCUGUCACAGGAUCAGCAGCACCAAGUGCGGGCAACCUCCUGGUAGAUGUGUUUUCAGAUACACAGUCUGCCACUGCCUCACUAGCUCCUGGUGCUGAGGACAACUUUCUCAGCUCUGGCUCUGCUGUGUCCGAGGAUCCUGCUUUACCUAUCGCUGAGGCUGAUGAGCUGCUAAACAAAUUUGUGUGCAAGAAUAAUGGAGUUCUAUUUGAGAACCAGCUUUUGCAGAUUGGGGUGAAGUCUGAAUUCCGCCAGAACCUGGGUCGUAUGUAUCUGUUCUAUGGUAACAAAACUUCAGUGCAGUUCCAGAGCUUUACUCCCACUGUGUCAUAUCCAGAUGACCUGCAGAAUCAGCUUAAUAUUCAGACCAAACCAGUUGACCCUAUGGUGGAAGGAGGGGCACAAGUACAGCAGGUGUUGAACAUUGAAUGCUUGACAGACUUUGAUGAUGCCCCUCUUAUUAAUAUUAAGUUCAGUUAUGGAGGAACAUUACAAAACAUCACAUUGAAACUACCGAUUACCGUUAACAAGUCUUUCAAUCUACUGAGAUGCCGUCCCAGGACUUCUUUCCAGCGCUGGAAACAGCUUAGCCUACCACAACAAGAAGCACAGAAGAUUUUUAAAGCCAACCAUCCCAUGGAUUCUGAAGUGACGAAAGCAAAGUUAUUGGGCUUUGGCACUGCACUGCUAGAAAACGUGGAUCCUAAUCCAGACAACUGUGGUGCUGGCAUCAUCCAGACAAAGUCUGUACAUGUUGGAUGUUUCUGCACGCGCUUAGAACCCAAUAUCCAAGCUCAGAUGUACCGACUUACACUGAGAACUAGCAAAGAAAGUGUUUCCAAGCACCUAUGUGAGCUUUUAUCCAAGCAGUUUAGAAGCCGACAAGAAUGUGAUUGCUAAAGACAGUAAAACUGGCAAACACACUACAAGAAGGGUUUACCAUGCAUCAAGCAAACGUGUGUCCCGUGUGCAUGUGAUGGCAGAGGUGCCACCUCAAGGCUCCUCUCUGCAGAUUCUUUAUUUUUGUGUGUAUGUGUGUGUGUGCGGUCUACGUCCAGUAAGUCCAAGAGGACUUUAGAACUUGUAAAAAAAAAAGAGACAAAGACAAGAGUAACUAUUAAUAUUCUUAUCGUCAUAAGAUGUGUGGUUGUUCUAAUAGAUUUUGUCGUUCUUUCUGUGACUAUAAACUUACUAGACUGAAAGGGAUGCAUGAUGACGAGGAACCCCAGAAAUGCAGACAGAGGGUACCUCUUUCCAUGCCGCCUCUGGAUGUACUGUGGAUAAGGGAUCAGAAGUCUGCAUGCUGACCCACAGGCUUGUCACUAGCUGAACAGUGGAAAUGCUGCUUAUCAGAAGGACUCUUAGACUAAUCCUGAAGGUUUUUUCACAGUUUACAUAUGGAGACUGAAGCAGCAGUCACUUGUAUUCUUACUUUAGUAUUUUCUCCCCCAUGUGCUCACUCUUUUCAUGUGUCCUUUAAGUCCUCUUCGGCAAGAGGAGUCCUCUAUGGGUUUCAGUAAAUAGUGAUCUGCAUUUUAGCACUUCCACCAUCAUUGAGCUUUGGUGUAGAGCGAGUGACAGAAGGUAGGUGACCAGGAUUUCAUUAAGAUUCAUGGGAUCUCUAGAAGAACACUUUGCCAAAUUCAGUGUGGAAAUGCAUAGGACACCUCUAGAAGGGAAAGUCACUGUCACAUACUGUAUAUGCAAGACCAUUUUCUGUCCAUUGGGUCCCUGUGCCAGUGAACUUGUGAGGUGAGGAAUGUGUCCCCAUAGUCCUGUCCAAGUAAAAAUGAGUAUUGCUGUACAUUGCAAACUUCGUUUUGGGACUUGCUGCUUAGAUGAACCCCCACUUUUCCUCAGUGUGUUUCUCGUGUGUCGGUGCGGUUAUGUCGGCCUAUGUUGAAGCAUUCCAUGCCCCUGUAUUGUAUCCAGUGAUUUCUCACUGACCUUUUACCUCGUAUAGUCAUUCCAAGUAUGCACAAGCGUAGGUCUGACCCAUCUUUCUUGGUGUUUCUCUUCUGGGGCUCUUAAUCCUUCACCCUAACUUUUCAAGGGGGUGUACAUAUCAUAGUUUUAGUCAAAAGUACUAGCCCAGCACUGUAAAAACUUAUGAAGGCUCAAUAUCACAUUCUCAUAUCCGCAUAUAAUGUGCAUCUCGUAACUGCUUAGUUACUCAGUUGCUGCAGGUUCUCAUUACCUCCCCAUGAUAUUUUUUUAAACCUGCCUUGCAAUUUUGUGCUUAUUUUGUUUUUAGUCUCAUUUAUGGCUUGUAAUUGCCACUUUUUUUUUCUUUUAAGGUGUUUUUUUUUACCUACCAUUGUAUAUAGGUUAUAUUAAAUAUAUAAGAUAUUAUAUAAAUGUUAAUACAUAAUCAAGAGGUACAUAGAUAACGUCAAGAUUCCAUCCCUGCACAUCCCCGAAUUGGACCGUCACACACGACCAGCCCAGUGACACUGUCACUCCUCCAAGAGGCCAGUCUGAUCUUGUAGUCCUGAGUUUCAUUCAGUAAUCCACAGCAGCCCGAGUGGUAGUUCUAUCUCUUGGUUGCUUCUGCCGUCACCUCUUGUAGAAAAGAUACUUUCAUGGCACGAUUGUGGUGUUCUUACAUCAGGCAGGUGCAGGGAAGCAGCCGAUUGUGGAAACCUGUAAAUGGGUUGUCUUCCUUGCUCCUGGUUUCUCAAAGCUCCCAGCUCUGCUGCCCAUGACUACAUGAGCUAGUGUGCUUUCUAGCUUCCCAUGACUUCUCCUGUAAUCUUAUUAGGGAUCAACCUGUUACACCAGGGCUUUAUUCACUCCUCUGUAUAAGCAGUCUAACCUGUAUCUGGACAUAUUGCUUUUUCCAGUGAUCUAGAGAGGAUCUUGUGCUCAGGCCUUAAAUGGGUUAUUCCACCAAAAGUAUUUAACACAAAAGUCCCCGAGUCCCCUCUGAGUGAAUGGUAGUUUGUCUUCCCACCACUCCAUUCACUUCUGUGGGUGACUGAUGUAGCACUCUCCAGGUCAGCUACAUAGAAGUGAAGUGAGCGGUGGGACACACACAGUUACUACUGCUCAGUUCAGAGAGGGAACUUGGGAGCUCGUGAGAUAGCUAGAGGUCCCAGUGGUUGGAACCCUCAUGAUCCGAUAUGUACCAUCUUGUGGACAGAUGAUAAAUACUUUUAAUGGGAUAAACCUUUAACACAAAAGGACCUAGGCCUUGUUGCAAUGAAAUACUGGCGGAGGGUGAUUUGGUUAUUUAAAAAAUAUCGGCUUUUUUUUUUCUUGGCAAAAACAGCGCCACUCUUGCACAUGGGUUUUGACUAGUAUUGCAUCUUAUCCUUACUUGAAUGGGCUGCAAUAUCAGACACGGCCUGUGCUUAAAGGUUGCUCUUUUUGUGACAUACGUAAUCUCAUACACCUCUCUUCACUAUACAAAUGGAUUCCCCUCCCCAUUUUUAGCAGUGGUCGUCUUUACCUGGCUGGAUAAAUGACUCCAGCCUUUUGUGAUACCUUUAAUAUUUCCUCCCAUAAGCCAUCCAUGUAUUUUGGAGGUCAGUCGGAGACAAUUCGGCAGUUUUAUGUUUUUUGAAGGAUAUUCUCUUCCAAUUUUUUCUGCUGUUUUGCCAUCCGGUUUUACUUUUGUGGUUAUGGAGUGCAGUUCUCGCUGGUGCUGUUUCCUUAAUUUGUGUAGUGCACUGCUAGUUAUAACAGCUCCUGAGAGUGUGUGCGCGUGUAGCUGCAUAUGGAUGUAUUGCUGAAGCUUAGUGCGUUCUGUAUCAUAUUAGACUUACAUAUUUUUUAUCUGUAUUUUAUAAACUGUAUCAUUCCCACCAAAAGUCCUGGAAUAAAAGGUUGAGCCAUGGA